AAGAAAUCGUUCUCCUCCCUGUCUUUUACUCUCCCAGCCUGCAUGAUACUUUGAUUUCGUCGGAUUUUCUUUCAAUUUUGUGUUUGCAAUUGCCCGUUUUCUGUCUCGAUGCACUAUCUCUGAUCCUGUUUGAAAAGUGUAUAGGAGCACAAUCGAGGACUUGAUUUUUUAAUACUGAGUUUUUUAGCAACUUCUUUUAAGGCUAUGGGAACGGAUGUUGGUAGACAGACCGAUCUUCACGAGGAGCCGAUGAGUGAUCGUCGGAGUCUUAGUAGCAACUACCGUUACUGCAGUCAAUCCAGGAAGAUGUCUAUAGGAGUUCUUGUUGAUUCUAUUUCCAAUGCCAAAACAAAAUAUGUUCAGGAACCAGUGGGCGGCCAAACUGCUGAAAUUGGAAGUUGCAGCCAAAAAAAUAGUGUCAGAUGCCGUGAAGGAUAUUCACCACGUGUGGAAAAACACGUGAUAGUUGAACCGAAGGAUGCCUCCCCUUGGGUUUCCACUAGAUCUUUCAAGCCAAAGCUACCUCAUUCAGUUGCAGAUCUAGACACAGAAUGUACUCCAAGUUUGCCAGCCACCAGAAGAACAAGUCUCACAUCAAAGCUAUUAGAGAAGGCAUCUGCAGCUUCCCUCAACUUUUGUGCUGCUAAGUCUGGCUUAGGAUCUGAUGUAUGCAAACAGAAGGACUUUGGUAGAGUGUACUGUUCCGUGGAGGAAUGGAAUGUUAAUAAUGCAGAGCAUGUUGAGAAUCCGGUAUGUUCAAUUGAACAAGGAGUUCGACAAGAAAAAGAACAGGUACAAAAUAAUGAUAGGACAAUAGAAACUGGGGGGCGAGAAUCUCUGAGGAUCAAGCUAUGGGAGAUUUUAGGAGAUGUUUCUUCACCAAGCAAACAGCAUCCCAGUCUUCAGUGUGAGGUAUUGCAUCCAGAUCAAGAGAGGAGCAAGAAGCAGUGUCCUACUGAAAAACUAAGCCUGAAUUCAGACACUAUUGAAAGUGAUUCACAAGUGCAAGUUUCCACAAGGCCAAUGACUCGUUCUUUAGCCCGGAGGAAAGCCACUAGAAAAAGAGGUAAUAAGAGUGAACCAACAAAUUCUACUGAUAGAAAAGAGUGUCAACGGAACAGAAUACUCUCAUCCAAAGGAGAUAUAUCUGUGGGAUCAUAUGGUAAGUUGAUGGAUGGUUCUUUACCUUGCAAGGGAGAAAAAUUUAUGGGGAUGAGUUCUCGAGCAGAGACAAAUCAGGGUGUAAGGCAUAAAAAUGUAGAAAAGAGAAAGCAGUCAGAAAAGAGCAAAUCAAUACCAGCUGUGGAUAAACCAAUGUUGCUAAAGAAUAAAGUUUCCAAUGCUAGCAGUUCCACCGAUAGAAGAAAUGAUGUACAUGUUGAGCCAGCGAAGGGUACCAAGAAUAAUUCUUCAUUUAAGUUUUCUCUGAAUGCAAUGACUGAUCAAAGGGAUGUUCAGCAGCCAAUGGUUGUCGAAGCUCCAAAGAAGAAUCUGCAAGAAGACAUAUGUAAUUCCGUCUUAAAAAGGAAAAGGAACUCUCUGCAGCAACAAAAGGGUAUCAAAAAUAAUUCUUCAUUUGAGUUGUCUCUUAAUGCAAUUACUGAUCAGAGGGAUGUUCAUCAGCCAGUGGUUGUCGAAGCUCCAAAGAAGAAUUUGCAAGAAGACAUAUGUAAUUCUGUUUUGAAAAGGAAAAGGAACUCUCCGCAGCUACAAAAGGGUAUCAAAAAUAAUUUUUCAUUUGAGAUUCCUCUUAAUGCAAUGACUGAUCAAAGGGAUUUUCAGCAGUCAAUGGAUGUCGAAGCUUCAAAGAAUAUUCUGCAGGAAGACAUGUCUGAUUUUCUGUUAAAAAGAAAAAGGAACUCACUGCAGCCAAAAUCGGUUACUAGGAAUAAUUCUUCAUUUGAGGUUCCUCUUAAUUCUAUGACUGAUAAAAGAGAUGUUGAGAAAUCAAUGGAUGUUGAAGCAUCAAAGAAGAAUCUGCAAGAAGACAUUUCUGGUUCUCUGUUACUAAAGAAAAUGAACACUGUGCAGCCCCAAAAGGAUACCAAGAAUAACUCUUCGUUUGAGUUUCCUCUUCAUUCAGUGACUGACCAAAGGGAUCUUGAGCUGUCAAUGGGUGUUGAAGCUUCAGAUAAGAAUAUGAAAGAAGGCAUAUCUUCUGACAUCCUGUUGAAAAAGAAAAAGAACACUGUGCAUAAUACUUCAACCCCUUCUUCCGAGAUUAAGUCACAUAGCAGUUUGCAGAAAAGUAAGCAAGACGAACUUCAUGGUCAAAGUCCUGCUGAGAAAAUAUUUCAUAGAACAGGCAUGCAAAACUUUAAAAGCUUUCUGAGUUCAAAAUCAGAUAAACGCGGACCAGAUGUGCAACAGGAACCAUCUGUUGGUAAGAGUAAGAACAAAGAAGACAAUUGUCUAAAGAGAAGUCCCCUUGUGAAACCAAAUGCCAUAAUUGAUGAAGACAGUGAUAACCAGUCCGAAUCUUUAAUUGAUGAGACUGAUUCUGAGAGCUCUGAAGAUGAAUCAAAUUGCAAAGACUCAGAGGAAUUGUCUCCUGAAAUUCGCAUAUCUGAGAAUAUUCUACAUAAUUCCGAUAAAAGUCUUGGCAAUGGAAAAGAUGUUGAAGUGAUUGGAUCUAGUCCUGCAUCAGAUUCAUUGAAAGAAGGGGUACCUGAUGCCAGUGAAAUGUACAUGGAAGAGAACCAGGAGGAUGGUUUGACCAGGGCUGUUGCACUCUUUACUGUGGCUCUGUCUCAUAUUAAAACCAAACUGAAGUCAAUAAGUAGCAGAAGGUCUGCUGAUAUUUUGCGCACUACAGUUGAGGAAAUAUUGUUACGAUUACAGAAUGUGGAAUCUCUUAUUAAAACAGAUGUGGGAAAGCUGACCAAUCUGAGUAAUUCAAAAAGCAAACAGCUGGAAACUAGAUUUCAAGAAAAACAGGAACAGUUGAUUGGAAUACAUAAAAGGUUCAAUGCAGAGGUUGAACAGCACCUCCAGGAAUGUGGCAGCCUAAUAGCAAAUCUAGAGGAGCAUGAGAUAGAGCUCAAAAUAUCAAUGGAAAAGCAAAGAGCAGCGCAUAAAAAGUUUUUGUCACAAGUGGAGCAAGAAACCAAUGUCCAACUUGAAGAUGCUGAAAGCAGAAUCAUGGCUGUCCAAGAGGUGGCUAGGGAAAAGAUGCUUCAACUGAAACUUGGGGUGGCUGAGUGCUUGAACAUGGUGGCUUGAGUUGAGACUAACAUGUUAAUUUGUGAAGCUUUUUAAGUUGUUAUUUGAUGUUUAUUAGAUGGGUAUUUUAGUUAGGUGAUAUGGUUACUAUUAUGUUGAGGUUUAAGGGCAUUCAUAACCCACAAAGUUUUAUCACUAGUAUUAUUGAAUGGUCUAAUAUUUUUUAAAUUA